UUUAUAAUUAAUUAAGAAUAAAUCCGAUUGACUUGAACUCACAUAGAUAAAAGAACUCGAGAAAGUUUCUCCUCGGAACAAAGUUAGUUUAGCUCGUUUUAAAUAAUUGUUCUCGUGAAGACAGUGUCGUCUGACUAACGUUAGUUUCAAUAGAACAGAAAGAUUCGGUCAAUAGUUGAAGGAGCUUGAUUGGCUUCCAGUAGCAAUAAUGGAUUUUUGAAAAUCUAUUCUACAGAAAAUAAUUAGAUCUAUCUGUCUGUGAAAUGCUGCUUGAUGCUAGGUAAAAAAAUGAGUGAGACAUAUCAGAAAUACGACAAAAUUCUCAAUAUCUAAUUAUGAUUACCGCAGGCUACCGAAUUUAAUUUUUUGGUUGCUACAUGUUUGUCUAUAUUACAUGAACUAAGUUAUCAGUUUCUAAAAGUACACACAAUCAAAUAAGAAGAGGAAAAAUAAUGUUGAAUAAAAAAAUUGAUUUAUGUUACAAAAAGUUGUAUGUCAUGUCGUUUUCGCAUAUACGCAUAUUUUAUAUCAGAUAUAAACGUUCUAAAUGUGACAUUAAUAUUCUUAUCUGCAUGCAUAUUUCUAGUUUUUCUGAUUAACUGAUAUAUCGAAUUGAUGAUUUUCAACACGAAAACGAUGUUUAUUUUCAAGGAUAAAUAAUGAUGUUUAAUAUCAUAUUGAAAAUAUAGGUAGAAAAUCUAAACACAUAUCUAUCUUUAGAUCCAAACCUUGGUGAAACAAAACGAACAAGAACAUCUUAUUCUCGAUAUCAAACGUUGGAAUUAGAAAAAGAAUUUCAUUUUAAUCGAUAUUUGAGUCGUCGUCGUCGAAUUGAAAUUGCUCAUGCAUUAGGUUUAACUGAGCGACAAAUAAAAAUAUGGUUUCAAAAUCGACGAAUGAAAUGGAAAAAAGAAAAUAAAUUGACAAGUUUAAAUGAUGUUAGUAAAAAUGAAGAUAAAGCGGCAAUCAUGGUUGUUAAAAAAGAAAAACACGAUAUUCGACAACACUCGACAAUAAACAGUGCGACUAAUAGUUCAUCGUCUCUAACACAACAAAGCAGUGGAUCAUGCGGAAGAUCAUCGCCAAAUUUGAAUAAGCUAUAA